AUGAAUAAUCUCUUCAAGUUGCUCGUGUUGUUAGUUUUGACUUCUGCAGUAUUGAGGGGUUGUCAUGCUUCAUCUGACUCUCAUCUCAAUACAACUGAUCAUGACCACCAUCCUCAAGAUACCACCAAUGAGAAACCACUGACGAAGAUAGUGCUUCACAAAGCUGCUAUUUCUCUCCAGGAAUCCGCCUGUGUUAUAGUUAACUCCCUAAUUGUUGGGCAUAAGGGUGAUAAUACUGAAGGGAUCAACGUGCAGCUUCAUUCGACAGAACCAAGUAAUGGUGACUGGGUUGGAGUUUUCUCACCAGCAAACAUCAAUGCAUCAGAUUGUUCCUCUGAAUUUGGUGACUUAGUAGACAGUCCAUCCAUAUGCACACCCCCAAUACAGUACAUGUUUGCAAACCAUUCCAACCCUGAUUAUACAACAACAGGAAGAGCUUCACUAAACUUCCAGAUUAUCAAUCAGCGUGCAGAUUUCUCCUUUGCACUUUUUACUGGUGGAUUGGACAAUCCAAAUUUGGUAGCCUGUUCUUGUCCUAUAUCAUUUAUGAACCCAAAAGCUCCACUUUAUCCACGACUUGCUCAAGGGAAAUCUUGGGAUACGAUGGUUGUGACAUGGACAAGUGGCUACGACAUUGAUGAAGCCACCCCAUUUAUUGAAUGGGGUUGGAAGGGGCAACACUCAGAUCUUUCUCCUGCAGGAACGUUGACUUUUUCUCGCCGUAGCAUGUGUGGUCCACCUGCAAGUACUGUUGGAUGGCGUGAUCCUGGUUUUAUACACACUAGUUUUCUAAGAGAGUUAUGGCCUAACACCAUGUACAACUACAGGAUGGGCCAUAGGUUGGUGAAUGGAUCUAUAAUUUGGAGUAAAAUGUAUUCUUUCAAAUCAUCUCCAUAUCCUGGACAGGUCUCAUUACAGCGUGUUAUUAUAUUUGGAGACAUGGGAAAGGCAGAACGUGAUGGCUCAAAUGAAUAUAAUAAUCAUCAGCCGGGAUCACUCAUUACUGCAGACCAUUUAAUAAGUGAACUUGAUAGCUUUGAUAUAGUAUUCCAUAUUGGUAAUUUAGCAUAUGCAAAAGGAUUUAUCUCACAGUGGGACCAAUUCACAUCCCAGGUUGAACCUAUUGCAUCAACAAAGCCUUAUAUGGUUGCGAGUGGCAACAAUGAUCGAGAUUUUCCCAAUUCUGGAUCCUUCUAUUUAUCUUCUGAUUCAGGUGGUGAGUGUGGUGUGCCUGCAGAGACCAUGUUCUAUGUUCCUGCAAAGAACAGAGCCAAAUCUUGGUAUUCAACAGAUUAUGGCAUGUUUCACUUCUGUAUAGCAGAUUCAGAACAUGAUUGGAGGAAGGGUUCGGAACAGUUUGCAUGGAUAGAAGAAUGUUUUGCAUCAGUAGACAGACAAAAACAGCCAUGGCUGAUCUUUGCUGCUAAUCGUGUUCUUGGCUAUUCUUCUAGUAGUCAGUAUGCUAUGGAAGGUUCCUUUGAAGAACCUAUGGGAAGGGAAAACUUGCAGAAAUUGUGGCAGAAAUACAAGGUGGACAUUGCAUUUUAUGGGCAUGUCCAUAGUUAUGAAAGGACUUGUCCUGUAUACGAGAAUCAAUGUGUCAACAAAGAAAGAUAUAAGUAUUCCGGUACAGUGAAGGGGACGAUCCAUGUUGUAGUUGGUGGAGGAGGGAGUAAACUGUCAAAAUUUAGUGAAAUUAAUCCCGGAUGGAGUCUCUUCAGAGAUUAUGAUUGGGGGUUUGUUAAACUUACAGCAUUUAACCACUCGUCGCUUCUGUUUGAGUACACGAAGAGUAAGAAUGGACAUGUUUAUGAUAACUUUACGAUCUCAAGGGACUACAAAGAUGUGUUAGCAUGUGUACAUGAUGGUUGUGAAGCUUCCACUUUGGCACCCUGAUCAACUGACAAACACGAUGGUUGUAGAACGUCAACUCGAUAAAUGCUUAUAUGCAGAAGAGGGAAAUAACAUGUAUAUUAUGUAACAUGAUGAGUGAUUGAUACUUAAUAGGAAAAUUUGUUGUAUCACAAGGUUUAGUCAAUGCAUGACAACAAGACUUUACUACAUUUUUCAUAUAUCACUAGG